AUGGGGAACCAAAACCUUUCCAUGGAUCGGCUCUCUCGUUUCCGCAAGCCCAACGAAGACGGUAUGUUCCGUGAACCUAGUAGAGACAGGCGCAUCACCAAACUUGAAAAUCUCAACGGCGAUAAUAGUCAUCCCACCGAUCCAUACCCACCACCGUUGGAUCUCCUCUUGACGGAGCUCACCGGAGUCUCCCGCCGCAGCGCUCGCGUCUUCCUCCAUGGCGUCGGGCGAGAAGGCCUCAUGCUGAAAGUGAAAGCCUUCGCAAUGCGUCUCUUCCACCUCGGCCUCUCCUCUCACUUAGUCUCCGACGUGACCACGCCUCCGAUCUCAUCUCCCGAUCUCCUCAUCGCCUCAGCCGGUCCCGGAGGAUUCUCCACCGUCGAUGUGAUUUGCUCCAUCGCGAAAUCGUGCGGUGCUAAGGUUGUGCUCAUCACGCAGUUGGAGAGAGGUUCUUGUGUGAAGCACACAAUGGAUGUGUGUUAUGUCCCGGCGCAGACGAUGGCAAGUGAUGGCGGAGGUGCGGCGGAGAAGGGAUGAAUAGGGUUUCUGGUAAUGGGCUGGAUUAUCAAAUUCUCAAUCUAAAAAGCCCACAAAUUCUCUUUUUUUUUUAAUGAAACGCAGAGUUGCGAUGUAAGGACAGAUGUCGCAAGCUCCUCGCUCUAUUUGUUGCGCUGGCAGUCUAAGAAGAGAGUUGCCUUCUUAUUUAUGUUAUAAGAAGAUGUAUAUGCUUUGACAUUAUUAUUCUACCACAAAUCAUGAUCUAAUGCUAACCUUCAAUUUCAAGUAACUCAACU